AUGGCUUCUUCGGAAAAUUGCUCGAACAACCCGACGAUAAAUCCAAUACCGUCGGCUCUUAUUCCAAUGCAAUAUUACUCCGAACCACCUGCAUUGGAAAUAGCUCGCCUCGUCUUUGAAGCCUCCUUAGCUGUUUUAGGAGUUUUGGGCAACAUCCUGGUUUGUGUUGUGAUUUCUAGAAUGCGAACCAAAACAGCCAUAAAUCGCUAUUUAUUCAAUCUGGGAAUCGCUGAUAUUGGUGUAUUGACAAUCGUGUUUCCCAUGGCUGUACUACAGGAACAAGUUAAAACUUAUUUCCCUCUUGGGAAAGGAAUUUGUUUAUAUGUAUACCCUACUAUUGACACAUUUUACGGGGCUUCCGUUUGGUUGGUUACAUGCGUCGCUGUGGAAAGAUAUAUCAAUAUUGUGAAACGUAUUGAGGUCUACCGCGGUCGUUCUCUGGCCACCACUUCGAUAACAAUCGUUGCAAUUUGGGUGGUUUCCUUCGCGAUUGUUUCGUUGCCUCUUUUCUUUGUUAUCGAAUUCGACGAAAAAACAUCGGCUUGCUUUGUGAACUGGUUCAGAAAACCGAGUUUUCUUCUCUGGAAGCAAAUUUAUACUAUAACUUUGACAAUCUUCACGUACGUGUUUCCCUUUGGAAUAAUCUCUUGGACGUAUGUUAAAAUCGGAAGUCGUCUAGCUCAAAGUACGGGCUUCCACAAGGACAUUGAACGAAAAUGUAGCACUGUUAGCCGCGGAAAAAGCGCCAAACGGAGUAAGAAGGAGGAAAACCAUCGACUAAAAGAAAACACAAAAGCGAAGAGGAUACUAACCCCGCUUGUUGUAACGUUUGCAGUAUCAAUGCUUCCUAUCAACAUCUUCCGCUUGGUAGCUUUAUACUGGCCCCGCGUUUUCUUCCUGGAAUAUUUUUGGGUUUUGUAUAAUGUGCUGGUUAUUUUUACGACUGCGAAUUCAGCUGUCAAUCCAAUUAUUUAUUCUAUCGUAAGUAGGGAAUUUCGUCGUGGUUUCAAACGCUUGUUUGUCCGAGGAAAGCAAAGAAUGCGAGAUUGGACUUUUCGAAGUACUGCAAUUCGUGAAUCACACGUGAGCUUCUAUCCGAACGAAUGGCCAAAGUUAGAGGUUUUGAGGGAAACUGAUGUGUAG